AUGCACGAUGCAUUCAAAGUUUCUCUUGCAUUAGACAAAUUACCGCAUAGAAUAGAAUCUAUUUUUGCACAUGGUCAAAAGCUGUUAAUAGGCACUAAUACAGGUGCCUUACUUGUAUAUGAGGUCAAAGAAGGUUUGGAAGAUGAGCCUUUAACGGUCACUUUGAAAGAGACUGUGAAGAAUUUUUCAAAAACUAAAAUUGAUCAGCUAGAUAUUAUAAAAGAAAUUGGUGUCCUGAUUUCACUUUCAGAUGGCUGUGUCAAUAUUUUUGAUUUGAACACUUUUGAAUUGCAACGUUCGUUGGUUAAGACGCGAGGAGCAAAUUUAUUUGCUAUCGAUACACACAUUGAUAUCAAUGAAGAAGGAGGCAAUGGUGGAAUUCCUACGAUAGUAACACGUUUAGCAGUAGCUGUGAAGAAAAGAAUACUUGUUUUCACAUGGAAAGAUACAGAAUUCACAGAUACGAAGGAUCUUUCAGUCCCAGAAAAGAUCAAAACAAUGGCAUGGGUUAGUCACAACCAAAUUUGCUUGGGAUUGGCUAACGAAUAUUCGCUGAUGAACAUUAACACUGGUGCAAUAACUGGUCUUUUGAUGCCAUCUGGAAACGCUGGCGCUGUCCCCUUUUCCAAUAUGUUAGGAAUCGGGGCAAUUGGAGCAAUUGGAGCAAUUGGAGCAAAAGUCAGCAAGCCUCUGAUUAUAAAAUUGCCAAACCGUGGAGUCCUUUUGGCUAAAGAUAAUAUAAGUGUUUUUGUGGACCUCGAUAGUAAUACUACACGAAAUGCUGGAAUAGAUUGGUCUGGAGUGCCCGAAGAAAUAGGGUACUCUUAUCCUUAUCUUAUUGCGACAUUUCCGAAGCACGUAGAGGUUAGAAAUGUUGAGACUCUGGCUUUGGUUCAAACAGUCGAACUUCCACAUCCAAAAUUUAUUAAUCAAGGGAAAUACUUGUACAUUGCCAAUUAUACGAGUGCUUGGAGAUUCACUCCUUUGAAUUUUGAAAAACAAAUAGAUCAAUUAAUUGAUCAACAUCAAUAUAUAGAGGCUAUAAGUUUAACUGAACAAAUUGAGCCGAUUCUGCUUCAUGACAAGAAAGCAAAACUUCGACAAAUACGAAACCUUCUUGCACACAACCUUUUUCAACAACAAAAAUUCGACGAAGCCAUUACCAUGUUUCAAGAACUUGAAACCGAUCCUGCUGAAGUCAUUGCUUUGUAUCCUCCAUCAAUAUCAGGAACCCUUCAUUCAGAUGCAUCGUACCAACAAAAAUUGGAACAAUCUGAAACUAAUCACGAAAAUGGAUUAACUGCAGUGAGUUCUGAUCAAAAUGAAAAAAUUUCUGAAAGAGAAGAACUCGUAAACGGGAAAAAGGUUUUUCUCGAAGGAAAGCUGCUUGAAGACGCAGUAUCAGCGUUGAUAAGGUUUUUGACGGACCGACGACAAAAAAUAUCUAAAAUACUAAAUCCUAAACCAGAAAAAGGAAGUGAUAUUUUAUCAGGGCCAUUAAAUGUCAACGGGAAUUACAACCACAUCUCGGAAAUUGCAGAACUAGUAGAUACAGCUCUACUGAGAUCGUAUAUGUUCACAAAUGAUGCAUUAGUUGGGCCGCUUCUUAGGGUGCCUAACCAUUGUAAUGUUGAAGAAAGCGAAGGGCUUUUAUUAGAGCGUAAGAAAUAUAAAGAGCUGGUUGACUUAUAUCAUGGAAAAGGUUUGCAUCGCAAAUCUUUAGAAUUAUUAAAGAAACUCGGGCAAUCACCGGACGGAGGAAAAAUGAAGGGCGUAUUUCAUACUAUAUAUCAUAUGCAUCGUCUUGGAGUAGAACAAUUUGAUUUGAUAUUAGAAUAUGCAACAUGGGUUCUUGAGGCAGAUCCUAUAGCGGGAUUGGAGAUAUUUAUUGACGAACAUCCCGAAGUCAUGAAAUUUUCGCGAGAAAAAGUCUUAAAAUAUCUCGAAGGAUUUUCAUAUGACUCAUGUAUAAUGUAUUUAGAACAUAUUAUAGGCGAGCUUCACGAUCCAACACCCGAUUUUCAUAAUAAGUUGGUUAUCAAUUAUCUAAACAAAAUUCAGCGAUCGUCAUCGCAAGCUCCAUCAGAGAAUUCUGAUUUAAGCCAUUCACCUUCUGAGUCGGAGACAAGUGACGAACUACACAAAAAACUUUUGAAGUUUUUGGAAACAUCUACCCAUUAUAGAGCAGAAAAGAUUUUGGGUCACUUGCCUUUAGAUGAUUUUUAUGAAGCUCGAGCAGUAUUACUUAGUCGGCUUGGUCAACAUGAUCAAGCGUUAAAUAUCUACGUUCAUAAAUUACAAAAUGAACAGAUGGCGGAAGAGUAUUGCUUGAAAAAUUACAAAGACGAUGGUGGUUCGAAAAAUGUGUUUAUAUCAUUAUUGCGAGUAUAUUUACGCCCAAACAAUGGUGAGCAUGUGAUGAUCGAACCUGCUAUACGACUUUUAUCACGUCAUGGAUCACGUAUAAAUACAUCCGAGGCAUUAAAUAUGCUUCCUCCAUCAACAACAAUUUCGCAAUUAUAUUCUUUCUUUGAGAAAAAUACUCGAGAAAGUAAUAAAAAUAGAAAUAUGAAUUUGAUUGUAAAGAAUUUGUUGAAAGCAAAUCAAACCCAAGUUGAAGAACAACUGAUGUAUUAUCGAUCUCGUCGAGUUAAAAUCGAUGAGGAUCGUAUGUGUCCUCAAUGUACUCGGCGUAUAGGGCAUAGUGUAUUCGCUGUUUUUCCUAACGGAGUUGUUGUACAUUAUCACUGCAAAGAAAAGAAAUCUAUCACAAAAUUUAUAGGAAUAUAUGAUUGCGAAGUUUCUGAAUACAAAUAA